GCCGUUUUGUGAGUGUUUUUCGUUCGAAAAUACCAAUAAUGCUCUCCGUCCGCUCACCUGUUUGGCGUGCUGUAGCUAUAUAUUUGUGUGUGUAGUGCAGGUCCGCGACCACGCACAGGUUUCGUAUUGUGUUUGGAGCCCGUUUUUCAGUAUGCGUGCGUGCGCGGCGAUCGUCGGGAUUUACCGCACAGGCGUGCGCGAUCACUGUACAGCAGCAGCGCUAGAGGAUCGGUCAAGCCGAACCGUUGCCGUCAGAUCGUUUGCGAUCGCGAACGCGUGCGAUCGCGGUCGUUUUACCAGUGGACAAUAGCGAGAGCAAAAAAAAACACCCAGCGUCACAAGCCUGGACGAUCAGGGGAAGGAUUACGUACGGUGUGUGUGUGAGAUUAUUUGCCGAAUGUGUUUUGCCGAGAGUUUCGAGAGUUGUGUUUUUAGACAAGCCGAAUAAGUGUCGAUCGACCAACGAUCGAGAAAACCCGUGGGGAAAUUAGUGCACAAAAAAUGGUUCAAAUUCAAACUGCCCCGCCGACGAUGGGUUGGCCCGUUCGGUGGUCGAUCGUUCUGCUGCUGUUGCUGGUGGUGCACGCGAUUGCGCUAGACGCCAAAUCACAAACCUCGAAACAACAGUUGCGUGUUUGCAUCGUGGAAGGUAGCGGCAAUUACAAGAAAGGCGCACAAAACUGUCCAACGCUCGAGCGAAACUCCAACGUACGGUGCGUGUACGGGCUCGAUCGGCUAGACUGCUUGCGCAAGAUACACAAGGGAGCCGCCGACUUUGCCGCCUUCUACCCGGAAGACUUUCUGGCGGCGCGCUGGUCCGGGGUGGACAUACUGGUAACGAGCGAGUUACGGUUUCAUGCCGAACACUUCGAGUACCAGAUAGUGGUGGUGGUUGAUAAUGAGGCAGAAAUUAAUACCGCCCAAGAGCUACGGGGAAGCAAAUUCUGUCAUCCGGGACAUGGGUUGAAGAAUCACUGGACGGCGGUCCUUGCGGAUUACUUCGAGACGAGACUAACUCCACGGGACUGUGAGGAAGAUCUAUCGCCGGUAGAAUCGAGACUAAAGUCCGUCUCCUCGUUCUUCGGACCUUCCUGCCGGGCUGGACCCUGGGUACCGGAUCCAGUGGAGGAUCGUCGAUUAAAGAAAAAGUAUCCUUCCCUGUGCCAACUGUGCUACAACUCGUACCAAUGUGCCAUCGGUGACAAGCACUGGGGCAGACGUGGCCCACUGUACUGCUUAACGAGCGGAGCCGGUGAGGUAGCAUGGGCCAGACUGGAUGAUGUACGAAGCCACUUCGGCUUUUCGGGGCUAGCGGCUGAAGCAAACCCGUCGGAGUACAGCUUCCUCUGUCCGGAUGGGCAUCUGCAACCACUAAAUACACGCAAACCGUGCGUUUGGGUUGCCAAGCCCUGGCCAGCAAUUGCUGCCAAAUCGAAAGUCGCCAUGGAGGUGCAGGAUCUGGUAGCGCACCUUUCACACGACGACAUCAACAGCUGGCAGAAUGCGCUGCUGAUGGUGCUGGAAACGUAUCACGUCAACAUAACGACCCUGGACAACGUGAUCCCGGUGGACGAUUAUCUCGAUCAGGCGACCGGGUUCCAGGAUGCGUACAACAAUCCCGGCUGUAACCCGAGCAGGUCGAUCGUGUUCUGUACCAAAUCGUUGCUGGAAAUGUACAAAUGUUCUUGGCUGCAGGAAGCUGCCAGUGUGUACGGUGUCGAACCGGGCCUGCAGUGUAUCCGGAUGGAUGGAUUGGAUCAGUGCAUGGCCAAGGUACGGUCGGCCGAUGCAGAUCUGGUGAUAGUCGAUCAGGAUAAUGCGAUGCGAGCCCAGCGGGACUAUGGUUUACGGUCGAUACUGCACGAAUACUCGUCGAAUGCGCUUCACAAGUAUAUGAUUGUGGCCGUCGUUGCAAGGGACGCGGGCUUCAGAUCUGGAUAUGAUCUUCGUAAUCGUCGUGCCUGUUUCCCACAGUACGAAGGAGCUGCCCAUAACGCGGUACUGACCGCGCUGCAGAACCAUUCGAUUGGAAACGCAGAAAACUUUUUCUCCGCAAGCUCAUGCAACUGGAAAAGCACAAGCCGCUGUUCGGCGAUCUACGAUGGAGACGACGGUGCCAUGCGAUGCCUGCAGGACGGCAUUGCGGACGUUGCGUUUAUGAGCUACGAAACGUACAAAAGUAUGAAAAGCUCUGGUCAUGAAAAGCAGAAAAACUGGACCAUCUUCUGCCCGUUCAACAAACCCGUCAAGCACAACGCACUGUGCUACCUGGGCUGGACGUCCGUCGGCCGGAUCAUGAUCAGCAACGGAACGAUCGCGAGACGGCAGAACGAAAUCUACAACGCGAUGAAAGACAUCGACAAGCUGUUUGGGCGUAAGAAUGGUCUCAAGGCGGAAGCAUUUAACCUGUACGGCAUGUUCGAUGGACGGAGUGAUGUGUUGUUUAAGGACGGUACGGAAAGCCUUCGCAAUAGGCAGGAAAUGAUGCGCGACAAGAGCGAUGGCUUUUUCGAACCGUCGAGCGUGGGUCAGUUGCUGCACGGGUCCAAUAGAACGAUGCUGUCCAAUAGCAACGGUCUGCGGAUGGAGCUUAUUACGGAAGCCUGGUUCCCGGAGGUGAUACAGCAUCUUCGCCAAACGUUCUUUGCCGACGAACCGCUGAACAAGGCCGUAAACCUGUGUCGCCCCGGUGACGGGCAUACGCUGCUGGAAAAGCAUAGCCUCUCGAGCCUCCGUGACGGUAUUAGUGUCAUGGCAAUCAGCAACGAUGGCGAGAUUGCUGGCGUCGUCGUCAAUGGGAUACUGCACGGGAACGAGGAUACGGGCCGGGCGCUGGACCGGUUGGCCGAGAUAGAGGAUGAAAAGUUCCGGAAGAUUUUCACCCUACUGUACGAGCAAAAUCUCAAGAUUGACCUGUUUGAGCAGUUUUCGGUGGAUAGUAUUUUCGAAAUUCGUAUCCUAUCGGUUGACGCAAAGUUUCGUGGCCAAGGAUUGGCGAAGGAGUUGAUGAGAAAAAGUGAAGAAGUCGCACGCACUAAUGGAUUUCAGCUAAUGAAAACCGACGCGACUGGCAUGUUUUCCCAGCGUGUGGCUAGCUCGCUCGGAUUUCUCACCAGACACGAGAUCAAGUACGACGACUAUCUCGACCAGGAUGGCCGUCCCGUGUUUCAUGUCGGCGCACCGCACGAUCGGCUUAAAAUCAUGUACAAAGCACUGUGUUAAAGCGAUCGGCACAGAAAAGAAAAACAGGCUCAAACAAAUCAACCAAAGAACCAAAUCAAAUGAUCUUUUACACACAUACAAAAUCGUUGUUAUUAUCUGUAGCGUGUUAUUGUGUACUGUCUGUGUCGUGCGAGGAAGCGAAGAAGUAUGUGUGCCAUAGGCAUGAAAGCAAUGCUCAGCUACUUCAGCUGUAUAGCAAGAGCGAGGGCGUUCAGUAUAUUACACUCACGUAUACUAAAAGUACGGUGGCUACUACUUAAAUAUGGCGCGUGUGGAUUUAUGGGCGCGCCUCCCGACGUCUUGUAGGAUUUUGGGGGAAAAAAAGUAUCAAACUAUGAAACCAUCCAAUAUGAUAGAUAUGAUAGUGUCGGUUUGUUCCCUGAAACCGACUCGCAUACUACUUCCGCUUAAUGUUUUCUAAAUUAUAUAUUAAGUACCUUUCCUUUUAGACUUAGUUAGACCGGUUUGGCUAUCGUCCGGUAGAAUUAGUAAAGCAAUGUUGACAAUAACGGUAUGGGUACAAAGGACUACAAAGCACAGAACAGCACAUUUUGUAUCGUUAUAUGCAGGAAAAAAGGAUGUUUUCCCGUUCGUUUUUGUAUAAGUUUCCAACAAGUCCACAACCAAUAUGUGUAAGGAUUUUGAUAAUGUUUUGAUAAAUAUUUGUAACGACAGCGAUGGUAAAUAAAAGUAAUAAACCCUA